CUCGCCUUUCCCAGGGGCGGUUGUGUGCCUCUGGGGGGCCGCGGCGGCCCGAGGAGGUGUCUCCCCGCCGCCGCACCGCCUUCCCGCUCAUCCUUCCUCCGCGCCGGUGCGAGGCCGCGGCUGCCCUCCCCUCCCCGCCGUGCCCGGGGGGAGGCGGCGCGGCCCGCAUCCUCCUGCAGGCAGCGGGCGCGGCGCAGCCGCCCGCCUCGGCGCACGGGGCCGCGGCGGGGCCGGGAGGAGGAGGCGGCGCCCUCCGCUCCCCUCCGCUCCCCUCCCUGCCGGUGCUGGCGGCGGCUCCUCCUCCCGCGUGUGACCCGCUGCCGCAUGUGAGCGGGGAGGAGGGACGGCGCGGCGCGGGCCCCAGUGUGGCGGCAGCGGCAGGAGGAGGAGCGGGAGCCGCGGCGCGGCGUCCCCCCGCAGCCUCACCGCUGGGCCCCGCCGGCGCCCCGAGUCCGCCGGCGCUCCCCAUGCCCGUGUGGUGCUGCCGCUGCUCCUUGGCCGGUCACUUCAGAAGUUACAGCGGCCCUGAAACUGAAGGACAGCUUUUGAAUUCCUUUGUCCAGUAUUUUGGUGACAGCCUUGGGAGGAAGAUUAAAAGAAUGCCAUUAAUUGAAGAAACUGUUCUGCCUGGAGACUCACUCCUUACUCUGCCUGUAGUAAUAAUAGGAAAUGGACCUUCGGGAAUUUGUCUUUCUUAUCUGCUCUCUGGAUACAGGCCAUAUUUAUCUCCUGAAGCUAUACACCCAAACCCCGUUCUACAUACAAAAUUAGAAGAAGCUCGACAUCUUUCCAUUGUUGAUCAAGAUCUGGAGUACCUGUCAGAAGGCCUCGAAGGACGCUCUUCAAACCCAGUUGCAGUGCUUUUUGAUACAUUGCUUCAUCCUGAUGCUGACUUUGGGUAUGACUACCCGCCAGUUUUGCACUGGAAGCUAGAACAACAUAAUUAUAUUCCCCAUAUAGUCCUUGGUAAAGGACCACCUGGUGGGGCUUGGCAUUCCAUGGAAGGCUCUAUGUUAACAAUAAGUUUUGGAGACUGGAUGGAAUUGCCUGGCCUCACCUUUAAGGAUUGGGCAGCUAGCAAACGCAGAAAUAUAAAGAGUGAUCGAGUAAUACCAGAGGAAAUAGCUUGUUAUUAUAAACACUAUGUUAAAGUCAUGGGCCUCCAAAAGAAUUUCAGAGACAACGUUUACAUAACAUCAGUAUCCAGGCUUUACCGAGGAAAGGAUGAUGAAGACAGAAAUCAACUACAUGAAAGUAUUUCAACACGGCAUUUGGAAAUGGAAGAUGGACAGAAAUCACUAAUUAAGAGAAACUGGGAAGUCAGGGGUUAUCAGCGAGCAACAGAUGGUUCUCAUGUGCCCUUCUGCCUCUUUGCUGAGAAUGUGGCUCUUGCCACAGGAACCUUUGAUUCUCCUGGCCGACUACAAGUUGAAGGAGAAGACUUUCCUUUUGUGCUUCAUUCCAUGUCUGACUUUGGAGCUGCUAUCAGCAAAGGAAAGUUACGUGGGAAGACAGACCCUGUGUUAAUUGUGGGUGCUGGACUUACAGCAGCCGAUGCAGUACUGUGUGCCUACAACAACAACAUCCCAGUAAUCCAUGUGUUUCGUAGAAGAGUUACCGAUACAAGUCUAAUUUUCAAACAGUUACCUAAAAAGCUUUACCCUGAAUACCAUAAGGUCUAUCAUAUGAUGUGUACUCAGUCCCAUACUGUGGACUCUAAUCUACAUUCUGCUUACACUAGUUUCCCUGAACACAAUGUACUUUCCUUCAAGCCUGAAAUGAAAUGUGUUCUUCAGAGUGCCUCUGGACUGAAGAAAAUUUUGAAGUUUUCUGUAGCCUUAGUUCUGAUAGGUUCUCACCCAAAUCUUUUCUUUCUAAAGGACCAAGGGCAUGGCAUAGGGCAUCACUCUAAUCAGCCCAUCACAUGCAAGGGCAAUCCUAUAGAGAUUGACCCAUACACUUAUGAAUGCACUAAAGAAGCUAACCUCUUUGCUUUAGGUCCUCUGGUGGGAGACAACUUUGUAAGGUUUUUAAAAGGAGGUGCAUUGGGCAUUGCACGAUGCUUGGCAAUAAGACAAAAGAAGAAACAUGAAUUGAUUGAAAGUGGGGAUGGAGGAGGUGAUGGCGUACCAUAAAUGAGAUAUUAGAAACUUUCACAUACAGAAUUACAGACGUAGUCUAACAGAAUACUCACUGACAGCGAAAGUUGAUAGCGGUCACAUUUCUGUUGUAUACAAGUAACCUGCGCUUGUAUUGCUUGGUAAAGGUUGCUGAUACUACAAUACUUCACCUUUUCAAAAUACAAAAAAUUGAUCUGCUAUUAUAGCUGAUCUCUACUCAACUGGAAUUACUUCCAGAUAAACAGCAAAUGAGACUAACUUACAUUGACCUGCCUGUCAUCUCUUGCUCACCUAAAAGAGCAGACUUCUCUGGGAAAAGCAAUGCCUAUCAGAGUGGCUUUACAUUUUAGUGUCAAAUGUGACAAAAUAUUCUUACCAUGAAAUUAAAAAUAACUUCUAAAAGCAGAAAUCACUUUGCUUAGUACGAAGUGAUUCUUGGUCCCAAAGCAAAUUUGGAGCCUUCUGCUUGAAACAAGGAUUUUAUUUAUUUGCCAUAGUAAUACAAAUACUUGGAAUGAGCACUUAAUAAAAUGUUUUUUACUAGAUGAACGAUUUCUGUAAGGAAGGAGUAUUCCUCAACAGUUAUAUAUUAUCCUAUUUGAUAAUUGGAAUAAAAGAAUAAGCAUUCACAUUUAAUCUUUAACGCAUGUUUUGACACAAUUCAUUAAUGUUUUUUCACACUCUGCCUAGAGUCGGGUGAGUGUAGAAAGACUAACAUGAGAUGUUCCCCUACAGUGAUAUGUAUAUUUCUGAGAAUACUCAUUAACAUAAACAAUAAAGUACUGAUGUAAGUGCUCUUAUUACAGUGUCAAUAUAAUGAAUAUCUAGUGUACUACUGAAAAAUUAAGUACAUGAGAAAACGUAAGGUUUUUUUGCUUCCUAGCUCAGGAAGACUGAAUGGGAUCACUUGACUGAUGAAGGUGGGUGAUAUAUAUUCUCAUCUCCCAUUUGACCAAGUAUUGGUUUAUUUCUUUUUUUUUCUAGAGCAGCACGUAACACUAAAACUAUUUUAGCCUGCAGUUUUUGAAACUUGAAAAAGGGUUAUAUCUCACAGCCAGCUAAAAAAUAAACAAGCCAAACCCAAAACAAACAUGCUGUAGUUCUAUAAAUCUUAAAGCUUGUUAUGAAAGACAAAGACUUAACUUGUACCUACCUCUGAAUUGAAGUUUCACCUUUCUGCUCCAUAAUGUAAGACCUAGAUUUCAUUUGCUGGGUUUUAGAGUAGUUUACCUAAACACACUCAUGGGUUAUUAACCAUAGUGAGGUAAGCAACAGCUAGUUAGAAAACUUAAGUUAUCUUCCAGAACUCUCAAUAGACAAAAGUGCUUGGUUUUAACUGAUUUAUUACCAAACAUUUUAAUUCAGGUCCAAUGUGAUGGAAUUAAUGUUAUUUAAUUUUUUGUUUGGGGCUUUUUUGUGUCGAAGAACAUCAUGUUAGUUUAAGGUACUGUAUUUGCAUGAUUAAAAUCUCCGUAUUAGAACUUAAAUAGAUUUUAAAAAGGAAAUUAGGCUUAGACUUUGUGAAACUGCUAGUGCUUGCUGGUUUCCCACCUGUCUAACUUUCCUAAGUUGUAGAUACCUAUAUGCAAUAAAUGCCUGUUUUUCUGUGCCUACUGAAUUACGGGGUUCUGUGGCUACUGCAGGCCUUUAUGCAUCUGAGUAAGUUACUCAGACUUUGGACAUAAAAGUUGAAAAGGUAAAGUGUGCAAGGAUUAAAAUGACUGUCUUUUCAAUCGAAGUCCAAAGUAAUUUAUGAAAUGAUGCUACUACUAAUAAUAAAUUUUUGUUUAGAGCCAACUUAAUAGCAUAAACAAAUGAAGCAACAUUUAUAUUAACUUCUGCAUUGCCUACAUGGUUGGAUUUAACCAUGCAUUGUCAAUACUAGCUAAGAUACUUUUUUAUACUGAUAUUUGAGCUGGUUUUAAUUAUGCUAAAUUCUAGUCUUAUUUUCUUCAUAAUUGAAUUGAGAUUCUAUAAUUUGCCUUCUUUGGCAGAAACUGUGUAUAUAUAAAUCUAUCCUAAACCUGCGAUACCUAAUAAUUUUAACGGAGAAUCAGUGUUAUAAGUGCUAAAUACUUGAUUAUAGAACUUUAUUGCAGUUAAUAUAUUGGAAAUACAUCUGUGCUGUGAUUAAAUUACUUCAGUUUUGUGUCAAUAUAAAUGUCCCAAUACAACAUACCGUGGCAUGUUACUGAUUUUUCAUUUGUCAUGUGAAAUAUUUAAAAUGCCAACAAAACAAAUGAAGCAAUUUACUUAAACAGUUAUUUUGCAGAAAGGGGGAAAUAGCUUCAAACAGCCAAAUCUCUAGCCUCAGCUGCUGCAGCUACUUACAAGCUGCGUGUGUUGUAGUUGACAAAUUUGUAGCAGAGAUUUUUGUCCUGUUAUUACACAGGUAUCUUUACUGCAGUAUUACAGCACCUUGAGGUUCAACUGUUUCUGUUUUGGGGUUUUUUUGUGGUUUUUUGUUUUUUUGGUUUUUUUAAUCAAUCUUGCCAGUAUAUUUGAGAUUAAAAAAUCACAUGUGAGACCCCUUAGUUGGGUACAGAAAUUUUCUUAGUGGUCAUGUUUAUUAAGCCAGUAUAAACCCACUUUUUUUCAACCAAGUCUUUACUAAAAAAUCAUCCUGUUUAUUCUAGGAAUUGCUAGGUUUAAAGUUGUAGCUGGACUUCCUCACUUUUGAGUUUCUGGGUUUGAGAGAAAUUUCUGUUUCUCUCCUCUUUGGUAUUUUGAGAGAGUAAGAGAUGUAAAAAUUCAAGCUUUACCUUAGGGAUAGUUUUACCUAAAGCACUGUAUCAUACUUACUGCAUUUAUUGUGGAUUAGAUGUUGGCACUGAAUAGUUGUCUUUUGGGGAAAUACUUUGUUUCUCAGAUUUAAAAAAAAACCCAAACAUUUCAAUUUCCUGUAUGUUAUAAUAGUUCCCAGAAGGGAGACUGUUUGCUUCUUUCAGUGAGAAAGAUAAGCUUUUAAACAUUACAGAUUUUAAAAGGAUGCUUACUACUUAAGCUUUAUUACUAAAAUACAGACAGGAAGAAUGUAAUUUUUAGCUAAAGGAAUUUAAUUGGGAUUUACAGAAUUUGUAAAGGUACAUUAACGCAUACUGUGUAUUUUCUCAUAGGCUAGUGGGAAAAUGUCUCUUACAUUUGGGUUUCGUUCUUAAUGCCGAACGUGUCUCCUAGCUAAAUUAUUGCCAAGAUUAUUUUAAGUAGUAUCCAGCGUUGAACUGGGACUAAGAAUUGUCACAGUAGCUUUCCCUAACAAUCUGACUCCUAUGUGAUUAUUUAACAAUAGGUGCAUGUUAAUGAAGGUACCUGAUGGGGCAGUAGGAAGCAGCACAGCCUUUCUUUUGGUUUCCAGUAGAUGAUUGAUUUCUGCUUAAAACAUUUUCCACAAAAGAGUAAGGCUAAGUUUUACCCUAGUGAGUAAACACAGAAAUCCUUUCUGCAGGUAAUCCAGAGAGAGUGGUGACAAUAACAUCGGAUUCUUCUCUCUCUCUCUCUCUCAGGAAAUUGCAUUGCCUUGGGCUAGCAGCCUGGGCUUGCCAGUCAAUGCAUGGGAAGAGUAUAGCUACACAUUGAGUAAGGGACACCGAAGUGCGUCCCACAGCUGUAGGUCCCUAGUCCUCAGCAUGUAGGGAAUUGUUGGGGUAUACUGUAUUUUCCUUUCGGCCUGGUGAGUGUAGGCACCUUUUUUUUAAUGAUUAAUUUCAUAGAGUGAUGGUUGCAUAAUGAAAAGUACUAAUUUUGUAGAAGGAGGUGGCUGUAGUUUCUUUCUCUCACAGCUCAAGAACUGUGAAAAGAAGGCGAGAGCCAGAAAGCCAGAGUGCUUAUUCAAAGCUGGAGGAAACAAUAAAUUAAGACUCAAACUUUGAGGCAGGCCUGACCUGCAUAUCCAGUUGAAAGGAAGAAAAGGCCAUUUUUAGGCCAACUACACGAGAGAAAGAAAGGGUGUAAAAUUUGCAAACUUCUCUUGAGUCCUCACUAAUAACAGGCAAUGACCAGUGAGGAACGAUGGAAGCAAAGCAGCAAAGAAUCUGAGCAAUAUGAACUGCAAACCUAUAGGUGCUGAAGUGAAUCCAUGCAAUGCUGAUAGGCUGGUGGUCUCUCAUCCUCCUGUGUCAGAUCUGCACACUGCAACUUUAGAGCUCUGUCCUGGAGCUGUUAGUCUAACAUGUUGCCAUAUAUUUUUAAUUGGUUAUUAACUGAAGUUACGCUGAAGUGCAACACAUACGUAUGAACUACAAGCAACUACGGCUGGAUCAGUAAGGUGGUGGCCAAGAGAUGAGACUUGGUUCCUCUGGUACCAUGUUUUCUACUUCUGAGAAAGCAAGCAGUUAUUUUCAUGUAAUAGUGGAAUCUAUGCUUAACAGUGCUAUCUCCCAAACAUUUCUAAACAGCAAGAGGUAGCAGACAUAUGCCUUAAAAGCAGCAGAUUAUUUGAUUUCAUUAUCAUCCAUAUAGUAAUGACUUAAUUUUGAAGAAGUUAUGGAACAAAAAAAUGCUAAAAGGUUUAUACUGUCACGUUUUAAUUUAGAUAAUAUUUUAGAACCUUACAAUAACAAUGUUCUGUCAUCAUUCUGGAUUAUUUUUUGAGGCGAGAGCAGGAGGGGAGCACAGUACCUCAACUGGAUGCAAAAGCUUUUUGGACAUUUACUUUCCCCUUUUCCCCUUGCCCAACCUGAAAGAAAAGUCAUGCUUUGUUUGAAAUAAUCAUAAUACCUGAUUCUAUUUAACAGAAACAAUGGAAACUAAAACAUUCUUUCACAGAGAAAGGAAAGCUUUGGUGACGUAAGGGGCACAAAUUUGAAGCAAGGAUAUUGAAUUAUAAACAGCUCUUCUUCUGAAAAAGACUGUAUUUGGGGGAAUAUGGUACACUUAGGGUGUUUCAGUUUAGCUAAUUUUUGAAGCUUGAAUUAUACAAGGAAUUGUGAGGUCAAGGAUGAAUUUGGUGUAAGGAACAAGGAUUAUGGGGAAAGAAAGCAUUUAUAGUAUAAUUUAGUAAUUAUAGUGAAGCUAAGCACUAGCUUAAAGAUGGCUUUGUCUUUGCAGACACUAGAACAUUUCAGCUCAAGCAAAUGCUGAAUUUGAGAUCACAUUACACCUGUCUGCAUGCUAGGUGAUUUUCUAACAACACAAAUUUUCUACUUAUAGGGUAUAUUAAGCCAACUCUUAAAACCUAGUACUCAUAAAAACCAGGAAAAAAGCUAUACUUCAUAUUUGAAGCUCUCCUAUCCUUUUGAAAUUACUUGUUUUGGAGACUAAGUUAAUCUCCUCCAUCUCUUUAUCCCGAAAUCACUGACAGUGUGUGUCAGCCUACACUGGAUGUUUCAGUAAACUAAAAUUCAGCUUCCUGUUCCUUGACACCCUCUGUAGACUUACGUACCAGCAUAAAAAAAAUGAACAACUAGGUUUGUUAUGUAUUCACAAAAUAUUAUGAAAUCCUGGCAUUUUUAGGUUCUUUUUUAACUAGGUGUAUGAAGAAAAAAUAGUUGUCCACCAAUACAAAGCUAGAGACAAGGCCAUCAAAGAGAUUUGAUACAGUACCAGGGGAUACUCUGAGGAGAAAGAAAUGGUUCAUUUUUCAACCAUUUGGAUUCGAGGACCAGCUUCUAUGUGAACACAGUUAUUGCUGUUCAAGAACUGAUCCUGCUAGCUUACAUCUACCUGGCACAAUUUGGAAAGUCAGUACUGUGAUCUUGCUCAUUUCUCUGUUAGGCCUAGUAUGCUGGUUGCGGAAUUCCAGUUCUAAAUGAGAUAAAGGCUUAUAGUCAUCUACCUAGAUGUUUGUUCAUGCAUGAUCCAACCAGACUUGGAGAUAUAUGUAAAUGUCAUUUCUGUGUCAUGCCUCAGCUUUCUGCUUUUGCUGGAGUAUGCCUGGGUCGUACCCUUUUUUUAGAUGAGCAAUGUAAACGUGUACAGAACAUUUGCAGUUAGCUGAAAUUUAUUCUCCUUUGGAGCUGCAAGCAACUUGUGAGCAAAACCUCAGCUUUGAUUAGAUGAUAAACUACCUGAGGUUUGCAUGCUAAGCUUGUUUUAUCUUCAUGUAUGAAAAAUGAUGACAGGCUGAAGGUUAAAGGAGUAAUAUUAAAACAGUUUCAAGUAGUAGCCAAUUAUUCUGGUUUGGAGAGGUGGGGAACUCUUGAAGCCAAUGGAAAAAAACUGGGGAGGAAGAGGCAUUCAGAGAGCUGUAGUGUUCAGAAAGAGGGAAAAGGUGUUGGUUUGCAUGGAUCUGGUGUAGCCAGUGCUUGAGAGAGAUUCUGAUAGUCAAAACUGGGGCAGAAGACUAAAGCAAGUGGCAGGGAAAGUUGCUAGUUACGGAGAUCUGUCUACAAUUUUUAUAACUAUGUCACUGGGAUGUGGUGAUAGUGGUUAUCAAAACACUGUAAGAGGAAGAGUGAGGAAUAAUGGUAAGGAAGACGGUUCAGGUUUUGCCAUGUUUGGCUUAAGUUUUAAGGAGAUACCAGAACACAAUUAGAAUUUGGAAUCAAACACCAGCUGUGGCCAAAUGUGACUGAAGCUAGAUUCAAGAAAUGGAACACAGCAAGAGAAGGGCUAGUUUUAUGGGAAGGGAGAAAAGACAGGGUAAGAAUAAGGACUGAGAAAUCACCUGUACAAAAUGGACUGGCAAUAGGAGAGCUGAGAGGGGGUUAUAGGUAGGUCUAUAGCAGAGACUUCAUCUACUGUCUCAGUUACAAACUGAUGUUUGCUGGUAAACGUGUGGAAUAGAGCCUCUCAGAUGCAUCAGGACUGGAGGUAAUGAAGGGGGCUUAGCACUCUGCAGGAAGUCAAUGGGGAGGUCAGUGGGCACAGGAAACUGAAGGAGAAAAACAGGUAGACUCACAGAUGUGAACGGACAGAAAUAGAAAACAAACUUCAACAGUGGGAACAUUUUGGUAGUCUUGCCAAAAAAGGCAGUGGCUUCCCCAGCUGAUGAAGGAAAGAUGGGAAGUCAGCCGAAACUGGUGCAAGUUAAACUGAAAAUUAAGCAUGUUGUUCCUGCAGGGAUACAGCACCCAUCUGCUAGUUUAUUGGUGCAUGGAUUAAUUCAAUCUGCUUUAAACUGUGUUCAGCUAAACUGCUGGAUGCAAGACUGUAUUUUAAAAGCCUUGCUAAUAAAAAGUAUAUUUAGUUUA